ACUAACUACUAAGUAUUGGAAUUCAUGUCAAAAUUGAAGUAGGAACACAUUAAAAUUCUUUUGUUUUCUCUUUUUUAAAUAUUGUGAAUUUAAGCAUUUGUGUGCCUAAUUAAUUUUAAUUACUAAUUAUGACUGAAGAAUCUCUGGUUAAUAUGAAUAUCGCGGAAACAACCAAGAUACGAGUUAAAAACUGUAUAUUUUGUAAUUUAAUUGCUGCCAACGACCCAAAUAUUAUUCUUGAGCCUCGAAGCGAUCAAUUUGUAAUCAUUAAAGACAUAAAGCCAGUGGCUACUCACCAUUUCUUAGUGUUGAGUGACAAACAUAUAAAAAGUUCUAAAAGUUUACAACCUAAUGAACAAGAUUGUAAUUUACUCAAGAGCAUGGUUGCAGCUGCAAAACAAAUAUUAUUAAACAAUGGUUGUGAUUUAAAUGACAUAAGAAUGGGUUUUCAUUGGCCUCCAUUUUAUUCAAUAGGACAUAUGCAUCUUCACGCCAUCAGCCCGGCUAGUUCAAUGUCUGCUUUCAAUCGUUUUGUUGCAUUUAACCCAAGUUUCAGUUAUGUUUUUGUUGAUGUAGAUUAUGUGUUAAAACGUAUUGGCUGCAAAGACAAAAAUUAAAUAGAUAAUCCAUCUUCUGUCAGUAAGCUGUGAUACAUGCUUAACAUAUUAUAAUAUAAGCACUGCUUGUUAUUUAUUAUUUAUUUGUAUGUUUAUU